UGCAAGGAGUGGCAGCGCGAGCCGAAUAGUGCCUGAGAGCGCCUGAGAGCGGGAGGAGUGUGUCGGGGGCGAGCAGAAGAAAAGAGCAAAAGGUGGAGCAAACCAGAGGAGAGAUCAUCCUUUGUGAGAGAGAAGCACCGAUACACAGACCGCCAUGGCCAACAGCACCACCGUUUUCACCAGCACAGCCGCCAACGCCACGGCCCUACCCGGCGGCCUCUCGUGGCCGCCAGGGGUGGCCCUGCUCUCCCGGGUCUCCAUGCAGGUGCAGGAGGUCUACCCCUUCCACGACGGCUGGAACGUGGCCUGCUUCGUCAUCCUGCUGCUCUUCAUCCUCACCGUCAUCUCCCUGGCCGUGCUGGCCGUGCUCUACGAGCUGCUGGACUGUGGCUGCUGUGCCAAGGGCAAGACCCACCAGCAGCUCCGCGAGGAGAGCCCAGCCUCCUGCAGUGGCUGCCACUGCCCGGGCUACGUGUCCCAGACGGAGGUGGUGUAG